AUGAAAAGGGAAUCAUUAACAACAUUUGUUCAGACAAACACAGAUUCAUUCAGGGAAGUUGUACAACGAUUAACGAGUCCAACAAACUGCACAUGGCAAGUAAAGAUGGUAAAAGAUGUCAGUGUAAGGAGGACAGCCAAACUCCAUGAGAGGAGGCAAUAUACAAGGCCUAAACUUGAAAUAGUUAAACCUUCUUUUUAUUGUAAAUCAACCAACCACCAUUAUAAUUUUUCACCUUGCAAGUCAAGAGAUUGUAGCUUUCCUUUAAGUCCCAUUUCAGGGAAUUCAAAUCAAAUACCAAGUCCCAAAACUCCUUCAACAAUUUCUCGAUUAACUAUUGUAGAGCAAGAAAUGAAGGAAGAGCCAGGAAUACCUGAUCUAAACAUAGAAGAAGAAGAAAAAGCUAUCAAAGAGAGGCGGUUUUAUUUGCAUCCAUCUCCACGAUCUGAGGCGGGACAUAUUGAACCAGAACUGCUUACUUUAUUCCCCUUGGUAUCUCCGAGUGCAAGUGGGAAACUGUAA